UCCCUUCCAGCGGAAGUAAACAAUCCUCAGCUGACGUGGAGCAUAAGCCAUCAGACCGAGUGGGGGAAGAGGCUUUAAACUCACUAGUAGUUGCUGUUUCAUCUGUUCUCUUAUUAUAAGAAGUUAAACGAACGUUGUUGGCAAAACUUCCUGAAGAACUGACGACGUUUUAACGAAGCUUCUCUGUGAAGUAAGAUGGCGGCAGCGGAGGAGGCCAGCAGACCGUUCGCCGGGCUGUCAGACGUUUCUAUCUCGGAGGACAUCCCGGUGGAAGGUGACAUCUCGGUGCCCGUCGGCCCCUCCAGAAGAGAUGACGAAUUCUCCACGCUGGACGAACCGGUUAAGGACACCAUCAUGAGGGACCUACGGGCGGUGGGGAACAAAUUCAUCCACGUCCUGUACCCGAAGCGGAGCUCGGCUCUGCUGCGGGACUGGGACCUGUGGGGCCCGCUGCUGCUCUGCGUGACGCUGGCUCUGCUGCUGCAGGGCGGCGCGGCCGACAGCGAGGACCAGGGAGGACCGCAGUUCGCUGAGGUCUUUGUCAUUGUUUGGUUUGGGUCCAUCAUCAUCACCCUCAACUCCAAGCUGCUGGGUGGCACCAUCUCUUUUUUCCAGAGCCUGUGCGUGUUGGGAUACUGCAUCAUGCCUCUGACGGUGGCCAUGGUCGUGUGCAGGGUUGUCCUGCUCGGUGGCUCUGGGGCAGUCAGCUUUGCCGUCCGGCUCACGGUGGUGAUGGCGUCCUUUGGCUGGUCAACUUUCGCAUCCACCGCCUUUCUCGCUGACAGCCAGCCUCCCAACCGCAAGGCGCUGGUGGUGUACCCGGUGUUUCUCUUCUACUUUGUGAUCGCGUGGAUGGUCCUGACGUUCUCGCCGUGACAGUAGGGGAAGCUGACAGAGGAGGAAGGUUUUCUCUGGAACCCCCCCCCAAAAUGCAGACAUCUGUCUUUGAACAAAGAUGAACAGCUACUGAACUGACUGUAGGCAAUUCUGAAAGAGGGUUUAGACUCAAAGGACCCCAAACUAAGGACUCUUUGAAAUGUUGUAAUGAAAUGGGCUGCAGAGUGAAAAAGCUAAUGAAUAUGUUCAUAUUUUUCCAAUUUGUCUCGCAGAUGUGUUUACGGUGUGUAAAAAGAAGCUUGUAUAUGGAAAUACUCCAUGAAUGUUUGGACUACCAGGGCUGCAAUGAUUGUUUUCUUUCUCUCUUGGUCUUUCUGGGUGUGACUGAAAUCUACUGUCUUAAGAAUAUGGAAAGUGCACAUUUUCACACUAAAUUCCUUUUUUAAAGACAUUUAGCUGAUCUGAUUAUGCAGCUUGACUAAACUCAUCUACUUUUCAGCAUGUUUAUUUUUGUAUUUUGUUGGGAAUGUUUUAUUUUUUUGAGACAGAUAAAAGUGAAUAGGUGAUAAAGAUCAUUACAGGUAGAAUCAUUUGGGC